CUAGGUCCGAGUGCAGCCCGGGUGGAAGGAGCGGGGCCUUCUGACUCGGCAGUCCGCGCGGCCUAGUGUCAGGCGGCGUGCGGAGCCCUCGGUUCCAGUUCCCGCGCCAGUUCUCGCGGGAGCCGGAGUUGUCCGCCUCAUUUGGCACGGGGGGAAACUGAGUCCCGAAGGGGGUGUUGCUCGCCCGAGUCACCCAGCUUCGGCGGCCGAGCUACACCAGAAGCUUCUCGUGUCGGCCGCGGUCCUCGGCGAGCCGGGCCGCCGCCUCUGCCGUCUCCUCGCCCCUUCUGGGGCCGGGCCCGGGGCCUGUGGGUCGGCAGCGAGAAUUGGCCGACCUUGCCCCCGUCGGGUCGGGCUGUUGCGGGGGAGGGGAGGCGUAUCCCGGGCAAGGUCCCCGUAGCGGCUCCCCUGGCGCAGCUGUCCGCGGGGCAAAGUUCCGCUGAGCGUGGCGGCCCCCAGUGGGGCGCCCGGGACCCAGGGUUGAUGAGACCAGGCCCUGCCCUGGAGGAGCUGUCUCCUGCGGGACCGUGUGUCAACAUGACAACAGCCUCGACAGGGGCUGUGGGAGCGCAGAGGUGGAUGGGAACUCUGGUGUUCCUGAAGAUGGCCUGAUAUGAAGGCAUCACGCCUCCUGCCUGCCUCCCGGAGCUGCCCUGUGGCUGCCUCGUCCUUCAAGUGCAGGAGCCAGUUGAAACGUCGGGAAUGGAAGCCAGUGUGACCAUCCCAAUCUGGCAAAACAAGCCACAUGGGGCUGCUCGCAGUGUAGUGAGAAGAAUCGGGACCAACCUGCCCCUGAGGCCAUGUCCCCGGGCAUCCUUUGAGACCCUGCCCAACAUCUCUGACCUGUGUCUGAGGGAUGUGCCCCCAGUCCCUACUCUGGCUGACAUCGCUUGGAUAGCUGCAGAUGAAGAGGAGACAUAUGCCCGGGUCAGGAGCGAUACACGCCCCUUGAGGCAUACCUGGAAGCCCAGCCCUCUGAUUGUUAUGCAGCGCAAUGCCUCGGUGCCCAACCUGCGCGGGUCAGAGGAGAGGCUCCUGGCCUUGAAGAAGCCAGCCCUGCCAGCCCUAAGCCGCACCACAGAGCUGCAGGAUGAGCUGAGCCACCUGCGCAGCCAGAUUGCUAAGAUAGUGGCAGCUGACGCAGCUUCGGCUUCAUUAACGCCAGAUUUCUUAUCUCCAGGAAGUUCAAAUGUCUCUUCUCCCUUACCUUGUUUUGGAUCCUCAUUCCACUCUACAACUUCCUUUGUCAUUAGUGACAUCACCGAGGAGACCGAGGUAGAGGUCCCUGAGCUUCCAUCAGUCCCCCUGCUUUGUUCUGCCAGCCCUGAAUGUUGCAAACCAGAACACAAAGCUACCUGCAGCUCGUCUGAAGAGGAUGACUGCAUCUCUCUGUCCAAAGCCAGCAGCUUUGCAGAUAUGAUGGGGAUCCUGAAGGACUUCCAUCGGAUGAAACAGAGCCAAGAUCUGAAUCGGAGUUUGUUGAAGGAGGAAGACCCUGCGGUCCUUAUCUCUGAGGUCCUAAGAAGGAAGUUUGCUCUGAAGGAAGAAGAUAUCAGUAGAAAAGGAAACUGAAAGCACUCAGCUCUGCAAACUCAGUCUCAUGCUCCUGGAAUCCCUUCAAUAGCUGCCUUCCUCACAGCAGAUGUUUCUGCCUCAGAAAUUUUCUGCAACAGUCUUGCCGAAAGCUAGAGCUUGGGCUGGAUUGUUUCCGUACUUCAAACCUUUGCAGAAGUUAGGCCUGUUUUGAGUUGAGAGACUUUUGCAGGUAAAUGUGUAGGUCGGAAUGUUUCAGUCUAAAGGGUGAGCUAGAAGUUUCUGGUUUUCCCUUGCUCCUGUGUGAAAAUAGGUCCUGAAUGACUGACCUCACUGCAUUAGACCCCAUAACUGGUCUCACCGGACACUUUGUGCCCAGCUGUCACUCUCAGCAGCUUUCUUGCAUCAGAGCAGAGAGGAGGGGACUCUGAAUGUUUAUGUACAUGAUCACAAGGCAGGAAAACUCUUAUGCUGCUUCAUCAUAAACCGACACCAAUGCUCAGCAAUCACCCUCUCCCCCAUCCAACACCCAGAUGUAGAGGUUGAGCCUCCGGACCAGCUGACAUUUGGGCUGCUUCUGGGAGACCUGGCCUGUUUUUUUCUGAAAUAUAUUUUGUAAUACUGUACAACCAAAUCUACCCUCCAAGGCCCUGGAGCCUCAUUAGUUCCACUGAUGAAAAUUUUCUCUUCCAUGGACUUUAGUUUUAAGCCCAGCAGGAAAGAGAAAUAGGGAGGGAAAAGAGAACACCACCUUUCUUCCAGGCCCUCGACUGCUCCUUUACGUUGGGCCAAGGUUUGUACCUGCCACACCAUGCAUGACUCAGACGCCCUCAGGUCCCUUUCUUUACGGUAUGUAUCCUGUGUGUGUUUGGGCUGAAGCACUACCUGACAUUAAAGGAAAGAUUUGGAGAUACAUUGCA